AUGUCGUUCCGAGGCCGUGGGCGAGGCCGCGGCUUCGGCGGCUCCAAGGGCAACACGCGCUUUACCGGCAAGCGUAGUGGCCGCGGCGGCGCUGCCAGCGGAGGAGCUGACCGCCCAGCCCCUGUGCGUCAGGACGACGGAACAGCCCUUCUUGAGCGCUUUGAGGAGGUCAAGGUCGCCGACGAGAUCGACGACAAGCUCGGCUUCUGGCGCUUCGAGAGUAACCUUGCGGGAGGCGAGUCCAAAGACGGAUGGCUGGUCAACAUGCACCAGACGCUUGUCAAGUCGGACUUGCAUUCUAGCGGGCUAUCAGCGGUCGACUACUACUUCAUUGAAGACGACGGGGGGAUGUUCAAGGCGACGAUCCCUUUUGAGCCGUACUUCUAUGUCACAUGUCGAGUAGGGACGGAGGGCAUAGUCGACGAGUGGCUCAUGAAGAGGUUCGAAGGCCUAGUCGUCCGUGUCGAGCGAGAAAAGAAAUGGGACCUCAAUUUGCCUAAUCACCUCCUCAGCGCACCACCGAUCUUCCUCAAGCUCUUCUUUCGCAACACACAGGACUUUCAAGCUGUCCGACGAGAAUUACUGCCGCUUGCGACCGCGAAUGCGUCUAAGUUCACAGCCGUGGAUGCGUACGCAGACGUUGUCGGUGCGGAGGCUGCCCAGACGGGAGCCGGCGGCAAUGACGAGGAGGAAGGCGGUGGACCUGCGUGGGGAGAAGACGAGGACGCGCGGAAACGCAAAGAAAAGGAGCCUGCCGAUUGCAUUAUCGAGGUCCGCGAGCACGACAUCGCGUUCCACCUCCGCGUCGCCAUCGAUCUCAACCUCCGCGUUGGUCUGUGGUACAAUGUAUCCUCGAGCAUGGGCAUCAUCAAGAUGGAGCGGCUGACUGACCGUGUCAGGCGUGCUGAGCCCGUCGUCAUGGCAUACGAUAUUGAGACGACGAAGCAGCCGCUCAAGUUUCCAGACCAGCAGACGGACCAGAUCAUGAUGAUCUCGUACAUGAUCGAUGGGCAGGGCUAUCUGAUCACUAAUCGGGAGAUUGUCGGCGACGACAUCGACGAUUUCGAGUACACUCCAAAACCGGAGUACGAGGGCGAGUUCACCAUCUUUAACGAGCCCGAUGAGGCCGCAACCAUCAGGCGGUGGUUUGAGCACAUCCGCGACGCGAAGCCGACCGUCAUGGUGACAUACAACGGCGACAGCUUCGACUUUCCAUUUGUGGAUGCGCGUGCCAAGAUUCACGGCAUCAGCAUGUACAGCGAGAUCGGCUUCCGUCCAGACAACGAGGGCGAGUACAAGUGCACGGCGUGCAUGCACAUGGACUGCUUCCGAUGGGUCAAGCGUGAUUCUUACCUCCCACAAGGGAGUCAAGGCUUGAAAGCUGUCACGACCGCUAAGCUCGGUUACAACCCUAUCGAGCUCGACCCAGAGUUGAUGACACCGUACGCCAUCGAGCAGCCGCAAAAGCUUGCCGAGUACUCGGUGUCCGACGCCGUCGCCACCUAUUACCUUUACAUGAAAUACGUCAACCCGUUCAUCUUCUCGCUGUGCAACAUUAUCCCGCUCAAUCCGGACGAGGUGUUGCGAAAGGGGACAGGAACAUUGUGCGAGACACUUCUGAUGGUUGAAGCCUUCGACGCCGGAAUUAUGAUGCCAAAUCGUCACGAGGAUCCACACGGUGUCACUUACGAGGGACAUCUACUGGCUUCUGAGACCUACGUCGGCGGACAUGUCGAGGCUCUUGAGGCCGGUGUGUUCCGCUCUGACAUCCCGACUCAUUUCAAGGUCGUCCCCACCGCCAUGCAGCAGCUUCUCGACCAGCUCGAUGAUGCGCUCAAGUUCGCUUUGGAGGAGGAGGGCAAGAUUCAGCUGGAGGAUGUGGAAAACUAUGAGGAAGUCAAAGCCGAGAUCGCGGCCAAGCUCGAGCUGAUUCGCGACGAACCCAAUCGUCUCGACCCACCAUUGAUCUACCACUUGGAUGUCGCAGCCAUGUACCCCAACAUCAUGUUGUCCAAUCGUCUUCAGCCCGACUCGGUCAAGGACGAGGCUGCAUGCGCGGUGUGUGACUACAACCGGCCCGACAAGGUGUGCGACCGCCGCCUAGAAUGGGCAUGGCGAGGCGAAUACUUCCCAGCCAAGCGUGACGAGGUCAACAUGGUACGCUACGCGCUUGAGCAGGAGUUCUUCCCACCAAAAUUCCCCAACGCGCCAAAGCGUCGAUUCGUCGACCUGCCCGCAGCCGAGCAGUCGGCGCUUAUCCACAAGCGUCUUGGCGAUUACUCGCGAAAAGUGUAUAAGAAGACACACGAGACGAAGGUCGUCACCAAGACGGCAAUCAUUUGCCAGCGAGAGAACUCCUUCUACAUUGACACAGUACGCGCGUUUCGUGACCGUCGUUACGAGUACAAGGGGCUCCACAAAACGUGGAAGAAGAAUCUCGAUAAGGCAGUCGACGAGGGUGGCGCGCUCCAAGCUGUUGACGAGGCCAAGAAAAUGAUUGUGCUGUACGACUCACUGCAGCUUGCACACAAGUGCAUUCUCAACUCCUUUUACGGCUACGUCAUGCGCAAGGGUGCGCGCUGGUAUUCUAUGGAGAUGGCCGGCAUCACAUGCCUGACUGGCGCCACAAUCAUUCAGAUGGCGCGCCAGAUCGUUGAGCAGAUUGGGCGUCCGCUUGAGCUCGACACUGACGGUAUCUGGUGCAUGCUUCCGGGCGCCUUCCCAGAGGACUUCAAGUUCAAGUUGAAGGGCGGCAAAAAGUUCGGCAUUCAGUACCCGUGUACGAUGUUGAACCACCUCGUUCACCAGCGCUUCACAAAUCAUCAAUAUCACGAGUUGGUUGACAAGAGUACCGGGAAGUAUGAGGUGCGCAAGGAGAACUCGAUCUUUUUCGAGCUAGAUGGCCCGUACAAGGCCAUGAUCUUGCCGUCGUCCAAGGAGGAGGACAAAUUGCUGAAGAAGCGCUACGCCGUGUUUAACUUUGACGGCUCCCUCGCUGAGCUGAAGGGAUUCGAAGUCAAGCGUCGUGGCGAGCUGCAGCUCAUCAAGAUUUUCCAGUCGCAAAUCUUCGACAAGUUCUUGCUCGGAACAACGACCGAGGAGUGCUACAAGGCUGUCGCUGCCGUCGCCGACCAGUGGCUCGACAUUCUCCAAAGCAAAGCGUCGAGUCUGCACGACGGGGAGCUCGUCGAUCUAAUUGCUGAAAACCGCUCCAUGUCCAAGACCCUCGCUGAGUACGCUGGGCAGAAGUCCACAUCCAUCAGCACAGCUCGCCGUCUUGCCGAGUUCCUGGGCGAACAAAUGGUGAAGGACAAGGGCCUGUCAUGUCGAUUCAUUAUCUCGGCCAAGCCAAACGGUGCGCCAGUUACAGAGCGUGCCAUUCCGGUCGCGAUCUUUGACGCGGACCCAGCGGUCAAAAAGCAUUUUCUCCGCAAGUGGCUCAAGGAUAACAGCAUGACCGACUUUGACAUGCGCCAGAUUCUUGACUGGGGGUACUACACGGAGCGUCUCGGAUCGGUUAUUCAGAAACUCAUCACCAUCCCGGCCGCUCUUCAGAAAGUACCAAACCCCGUCCCGCGUAUCCGUCACCCAGACUGGCUGUUCAAGCGAGUUGCCGCGCGCGAGGAUAAAUUCCAGCAGCACAAGCUUACGGACAUGUUUGCCAAGAUGCGCGCGACUGCUCCGGACAUGGAGGAUUUCGGCAAGGGGGAGUCCAUCAACAAGCCCAAGGUCGCUGUGGUAAAGCGCAACAAGAAGGCGAAGUCGCCGGAACCCGUGCCAGACCCAUUGGAGGAUUAUUCCGGCUACAUUCGCGUUAUGCGUAAGGUGUGGCGCAAACAGCGUGAGGAGCGCAACCGCGUGCGAAAGCGAGGAGGUCAGCGUCUCGAUGGCACCGUGUCAUCCUUGAUCAGGACGCAGUCUUCGACACUCGCGACGCGGCAGUGGGACAUCCUCCAGAUCGCGCCAACAUCGCGGCCUGGAGAGUUCCGUCUCUGGCUCGCUAUCGACAAUACGUUCCAGAGCGUGCGGUUGCGCGUUCAGCGCGAAUUCUACCUUAACUUCAAACAGCGCCCAGGAACAGAUACCUUUUCAGACCGUUAUGAGGCGCUGCAGGUGGCCCGCGUUCUACCACGCGGACAGACGCCGCGCCACCUCUUCCGCCUCCAAGUGGAGGAGGGGCUCUUUGUCGAGGGCGAGUCACACUUCUCAAGCCUGAUCAAUAGCCCCAACGUCGACGGCGCGUUCGAGCUGCAGGUCCCGCUCAUUGUACGGGCGCUCUUAGGCCUUGGAACGGCGUGCGCCCUCAGGUCCGCGUCACUCGGCGGCCUAAACCGUGGUCUCGAUAAGGGCUUCGACCUCUCAGAGCUCGAGCGCCCGGCAGCCAGCGUCAUUCGUCAUAAGUACCUCAACGGCGGCCUGAACUUGCGCUAUUACUUCCUAUUCCAUGCGACCAUUCAGUCGCACCAUCUGAUCGCGCUGUUCCCUCCCCGCGGACCAGCGAAGAUCUACGUCGUCGAUGGAGCGCGCAACCGCCAGCAACUGCCCAACCCCGCACGUUGGUACGCGGAGCGCAUCGACAAGGUAUCCAGGGGUGGGGCUUUCCAGUAUCCGGACGAGCUGGACACGGACAUCAAUUAUUAUCCAACUGAGGCGGGAGCGAUGCGUCAUCUCGUCAAGGACCUGCAAGCGAUCCGUGGCGGGAUGAACGUCCUUGCACUUUGCUCCUCCUUUGACCAUGGGUACUACCAGGCACGCCAUGCUGUCUUCUCCGAGUUCCCUGUGAUCACCGUCCGCCCUCUGAAGGAGGAGGAGGCGGGGCUCAUGUGGCAGGUCAACACUGCUCGACGCAUGAUUGUGCAGUAUCUGCGUCUGUCGUCGUGGAUUGCGAGCCAACUUGAGAUUGCCGCGCACUACGAUGUGCCGCUCGGGAACUUGGGUGCCGAUCCACCAGUUUUCCUCGCGGAUCUCGAGUUUGCGCGCCGUCUCAAGCAGCAGGACACGCUCUUGUGGUGGUCGCCAUCGCCGCGACCCGAUCUCGGCGGUGCGGAGGAGGACACCAAUGGCGCUGACGAGCCAACUGCCCCACAGAUCUCGACGCGUGGGUGCUACUCGUCCGUGGUGCUGGAGCUCGAGAUUGCCGAUAUGGCCAUCAACGCCGUUCUGCAGUCAGCGCUAGUCAACGAGAUGGAAGGGAGUGGGUCGGGCUCAAUGGCAUUCGGCGCCGCUUCUCAUAACCUUGACGAGUACGCGCAGGGAACAAACAGUGGAAGCGUAACGCUGGGCGAUGCGGUGCUCUCAAUUCAGACGUUCACUAUACUCAAGUCAAUGGUGCGCAGCUGGUUCCUCGACAAGGCGCGCGCCCACAUUCGCGGCGCGGCACACUCGCCCGCGGACAUCGUCGUGGACCAGUUCUGGCGAUGGAUCAGCUCGAGUUCGAGCUGCAUGUUUGAGCCAGCGCUGUACCGCUUCUUACACGGGCUGAUGCGCAAGACGCUACUCCAGCUCCUCGCAGAGUUCAAGCGCUUGGGAACGACGGUGGUCUACGCGGACCUCAACAAGGUGUUCCUGCUCACUUCCAAGCCGGACGCGGGCAGCGCCUUCGCCUUUGCUAAAUAUCUUGUGACGGCGGCCAACUCGCACGACCUGUUCCGGCAUAUAGUCAUCGACGUGGUGCACUACUGGAACUUCCUCGCCUGGAUGGACGUUGCCAACUUUGGUGGCGUCCGUGUGACACCGCAGAUCGCAGCGGCGUCUCAGGCGCCAACGAAGGAGGACGAACUCCAGGUCAGCAUGGACUGGAACAUAUGCGCGUUCCUCCCGACAGAGGUGCAGGUCUGCUUUGAGCGGCGCAUCGGCGAGUUCAUUUGCGAGGUGUACAAGGCCAAGCUGGCAGCGAACAAUGGACGCGGCCCCUUGCGUCCGGUGCACACGCUCAACAUGGACGCAGGGGACGCAGCUGCGGUGAAUCCUGCGAAGGAGAAGGAGCGCAUGGCCGCCGCCAAGGUUAUCAGCACCAAGCUGACGCGCAAACUGCUCGAAGACGUGGCGCGCUUCAAACGACAACAGGCGGCCGCGCAUGCGAACGGUGACAACGACGUCCUGGCCUUCCCCGAUCUUCCUGGCGCAAAGCGACGUGGCCGCGACAACGCGGCUCUUGAAUUCGUAAAGGCUGUGUGUGAGGUCCUCGCCCUAUCCACCGACAACAGCGAGGCCGUCAUCGUGCUCCGCCGCAACCUUCUCCAGCUGGUCGAGGUGCGUGAGUUUGCGCCUGAGGCCACUUUCCGCAACCCUGGCGAGAGUUUGGUCGUGCCCAUGAUCCCGUGCGGGCGCUGCAAUGCGAUCCGUGAUGUCGACCUCGGCCGCGAUCCGGACUGCCUCCCGUCUGUCGACCUGCGCACGGGGGAGAAGCACCCCGCGCCAAGGAAGAUGUGGGCUUGUGCGCGCUGCGGCAACCCAUACGACCGCUUCCAGAUCGAGCACCCUCUUAUCGAUAUGGUAUCGCGCCUCAUCGCGGCGUGGCAGACACAAGACGUGCAGUGCUUGAAGUGUGGAGAGGACGCGAGCUCCAACCUCGCCCCAACACACCGGUGUGGCGGGUCGUUCCGCCCAUCCUUGAACCGUGGCGACGUAGGGGCGCGGUUGAGAAUGAUCGACGCUGUGGCAAAGUACCACGGUCUCGAGAUGACGGCCGAGUAUGUCGGUCAGGUGUUGGCGCGGUGGUGA